AAGAUGGAGUUUUCUAGUGGAAGGCGGAAGAAAUUGAAGUUGGUGGGUGACCAGAGGAAUGCUUGCUACCCUCAUAGCCUGCAGUUUUACUUGCAGCCACCUUCUGAAAACAUCUCUCUGAUAGAGUUUGAAACCUUGGCUAUUGACAGACUUAAACUGCUAAAAACCGUUGAAAAUCUUGGUGUGAGCUAUGUGAAAGGAACUGAGCAAUACCAGAGUAAAUUGGAAAGCGAGAUUCGGAGGCUCAAGUUUUCCUACAGAGAAAGCCUGGCAGAUGAGUAUGAACCAAGAAGAAGGGACCAUAUUUCUCACUUUAUUUUGCGCCUUGCUUAUUGCCAGUCUGAAGAUCUUAGACGCUGGUUCAUUCAACAAGAGAUGGAUCUCCUCCGAUUUCGAUUCACUAUUUUACCGAAGGACAAAAUUCAAGAUUUUUUAAAUGAUAGCCAUUUACAGUUUGAGGCUAUAAGUGACGAAGAGAAGAACCUCCGUGAACGGGAGAUUAUUGCAUCCUCGCCUUGUUUGAGUGGCACAAAGUUAGAGUUGGAGUCAGUUUAUAAGAUUCCUUUUGCUGAUGCUCUGGAUUUAUUCCGAGGAAGGAAAGUGUAUUUGGAAGAUGGCUUUGCUUAUGUGCCACUUAAGGACAUUGUGGCAAUUAUCCUCAAUGAAUUUAGAGCCAAACUGUCCAAGGCCUUGGCAUUAACAGCCCGAUCGCUGCCUGCCGUGCAGUCUGAUGAGAGACUUCAGCCUCUGCUCAGCCACCUCAGUCAUUCCUAUACUGGUCAAGAUUACAGUAUACAGAGAAAUGUUGGGAAGAUUUCUUUAGAUCAGAUUGACUCGCUUUCCACCAAGUCUUUCCCACCUUGCAUGCGCCAGUUACAUAAAGCUUUGCGGGACAACCACCACCUUCGUCACGGCGGCCGAAUGCAGUACGGCCUCUUCCUGAAGGGCAUCGGCUUAACAUUGGAACAAGCACUGCAGUUCUGGAAGCAGGAAUUUACCAGAGGAAAGAUGGAUGCGGACAAGUUUGAUAAAGGCUAUGCUUACAAUAUCCGCCAUAGCUUCGGAAAGGAAGGCAAGAGGACGGACUAUACACCUUUCAGCUGCCUGAAGAUCAUUCUAACCAAUCCACCAGGCCAAGGGGAUUAUCAUGGGUGCCCAUUCCGUCAUAGUGAUCCAGAACUACUGAAGCAGAAGCUGCAGUCAUACAAGAUCUCUCCCGGAGGGAUCAGCCAGAUUCUGGAUCUAGUAAAAGGGACACAUUACCAGGUAGCCUGUCAGAAGUACUUCGAGAUGAUCCAUAACGUUGAUGAUUGCGGCUUUUCCCUGAAUCAUCCUAAUCAGUUCUUUUGCGAGAGCCAGCGGCUUCUAAGUGGUGGCAAAGACAUCAAGAAGGAAUCUCUCCAAGCAGAAACUCCUCAAAACAAACCGAGCGUCCCUAAGCCCAAAGAAGCACUGUCUUCUCAGGCCUCCUUAAAUUCUUCUCUGGAAAUGGACAUUGAGGGACUGGAGAGUUACUUCAAUGACUGAUUCUCAGUUAACCUUUUUCCCCAGUAACUUUCAUGUUCUACUUUUUAAGAUUUGGCCCGUUUUAUGCCUUUUUAUUAAAGUGUCCCUACACCCCGUUCAAACCACAUGUGCUCGCUCACACUUCUUAGGAGAGCAGGCUUGCAAAGACCUUGUCGAAACAAAGACCUCUUGAUGAAAGAGAAGAAUUUUUCUUGAAAUACGUAUGUAACACUUGAAAGAUGUGACUUCAGUUCUAUUGUGUGAGAUAAUUUUUCUACCUGAUUCUGUGCGGGACCAUUUUUUGUCAAUAAAGAUCAUAAUGGU